GUUUCCACAAAUUGAGAAUCGAUCAGGAAUAAGAAUAUAUGCUGUAUGAAGUCUUCAGUCCCCUUAUCCUCAAGCUGAUGAGCUGAUAGGAGCUGAUACUGGCGUUGGCAGGACUGUGUCUUCAGCAAAGUUAGGAGCGUGGCAAUCCAACCAUCAUGUUCUCCGUGGCAAAACAUGCUGUUCCUUGUAAAAAUGGAAAAUGCGUCCUGUCUGAAUGUGUUAACCUAAAGCUCAGACGAGAAAUAACGAAUAACGCAAGAAGGCUUAAGAGGCCUGGCAGGUCACAAAUAAUGAGUCGCAGAAACUCGGGCAAGUAUAAGAAACAUGGAAGAAAACCAAGGCCCAACAAAAAUCAGAGUCCAGAGGUAAUUGAAAUAGAAGCACAAGAAGAGGCAGGUAAAGCAUGGGAAGAGGAUCUAGAGGAUAUUCUUGACAUUCUGAGACAAGAGACGUUUGAGUCUUUCUACAGUUCUCACCCGCCUAACAGUGCUGCCCCCAUCGUCGAAAACAGAGGGCGACAGUGCUAUCAUGUUUUGCAGCCAGGAAUUCUGGCGGAGCGGCAUCGUUUUGACGAUUCAUCAACAUUAACAACUCCCCCAUCUCUCCAGCAAUUAGAAACACAGCAGAUGGCAGAAAUCCAUACUAUAACCAGUCCGGCAGUUCACUCCAACGAUCUAGAUUUUUCAGGGACCAAAAACGAAGGAAUCGCCCCGGAAACUUUCGCUAGUAGUGCACCCAACUCAUCCAAUCUGAUGAUAGACCUUGAUAAUACGUUUCAUGCACCAUAUACCCAGGAUUACGCCAGGUUUGGAGGAAAAACAGGCACCGUAGAAGUUUCAUUCACUUCGGACCAACCCCAAAGCCUCCCGCAAGGAGAUGACAACAGGAUUACCCCUCAAACUAACAGAAAAGUAACUUCGCCUAAACGAUCUAAUCAUACCAAGUUGUUUGGAGUUCUAUCUCUCAUUCUUCAAGCUUUCAAUACUCACCUUACAGCAGAGAGUGAAGAACUCUGUACAAGUGUACUACAGAGGGCCCUUGCAGAAAUUUAUGUUUCCCUGUAUGAUUACAAAAAUUUUCGACCAUAUUAAACGGAAACCAAAUAUGUGAAAACAUCCCUUGUGAAAAGCGUUUCCAAAUCUGUGAUA